AUGAGGGCAACCAAACAAUCUGGGAAUGAGGACAAAGAAUGGUUUGCUGGAGAUUGCAACAGAAAGACAGCCGAGGAUCUCUUACUGAGGGUCAACAAGGACGGUGCCUUUCUCAUCCGUCACAGCUCAGCCCAGAGUGCGCGGCAGCCCUACACCCUCGCUGUGCUCUACCAGCAGAAGGUGUACAACAUUCCCAUCCGCUUCCUGGAAGAGACACAAGGUUACGCCCUCGGAAAAGAGGGCAAGAAGAACGAAGAGAUUUUCAGCACCCUCGACGAGAUGAUCUCUCACCACAAGAAUAACCAGCUGCUUCUGAUAGACAGCAAGAGCCAGGCCAAGCACACAACAUAUUUAACCCACCCUGUACGCCCUUAA